CUCUUUCUCUCUCUCUUUGAGUGUAUGGUUGUGUUCUGCAAUGGAUCAGAUCAGACCCAUUUGCUUCUGCUAGGAUUACCGCUCUUCCUCCUCGUCUCUGACCUCUUAAAUCUCUUCUCUCCUCCACCUCCGCCACCUAAACACUCCCACCACCAUCACCGCCGCCGCCGUCAUGACCUACCUCCAGUUAACAAAGAAAACCUGGACUUUCCCUCUGAGAAGCCAACCGGUGUUGAAGGAAUCGGUUUUGGCAACACAGUCACCAUUAAUUUCUGUGCUUCUUGCUCUUACAAGUAAUAUUAAAUUUCCAACCUUUUUUUUCUAGUUUUUCAUUUUAAUUUGGUAGUUUAUUGAUUAGCAAUAGUGGAUAUGUGCUUUUAUCAUAGGAUUUAAUUAAAGAGUUAUUCUUUUGUGUUGCC